AUGAAUCAAGGAGCAGCCACAUCACAUCAACCUGAAAUAUUGCAAACGUUUAUCAAGAAGAUAUUACUUCAUUUAGAUGAUAAUGAAACUAAAAAUUUACAACAAUUCUUAUCAUAUUUCAAUAACACGAAUUGCAAAAUAAUUUUCAAUGGUGCGCCAUUUGCUCAACCAAUGAUUUUCCUACAAAUGUGGCAGGAACAAUUCGUUCAAACACAACAUGCACUAACUUCAUUAGAUUAUCAGAUAAUUCCAGGAUCUGGUACCAUGAUUUUAAAUAUUAAUAGUAAAGUUAGAUUUGAUGAAAGUGGUAGGGAUAGAUUAGGACAAGAUGCUUUGAUCAAGGAUGGUUCUAAUCGUGGUGGAUUGAAUAAUAAUACAAGACCAAUAUUUGGAUCAUAUUUUGGUGUUUCUUUACAAUUAGUUAUCGAUGAUAGGAUAUUUAGAAAUGAUUUUAAUGGAGUGAUAUCGUGUUUUAAUUAUAACAUGCUAUAUAAACCAGAAGAUUCUUUAAUUAAAAUUCAUUAG